CAGUACAGUAACUGUGGUAGUAAAGUAACUUUAACAGUAUAGUAACUGUGGUAGUAAAGUAACUUUAACAGUAUAGUAACUGUGGUAGUAAAGUAACUAACAGUAUAGUAACUGUGGUAGUAAAGUAACUUCAACAGUAUAGUAACUGAGGUAGUAAAGUAACUUUAACAGUAUAGUAAAUGUGAUAGUAAAGUAACUUUAACAGUAUAGUAACUGUGGAGUAACUUUCCAGAAUGAAGAUACUCCAUGUUGUCUCCUGCUGUCUCCUCUCAGCUCUGUGUUGUGGAGUCAGCUGUCAUUAAUGUGAAGGGGGUGGUAGGAGGACAUGUCACUGUGGGCUGCUCGUUCACUUUGGCAGGAACCAACAACAAACACUUCUGCAAGGGGACAUGUUCUGGUAGAGACAUUCUGGUUGAAACUAAGAGGAGCAAGAAUGUAUCUCAAGAUAGAUACAGUAUAGAAGACAAGGGAGAUGGAGUCUAUGUGACCAUCAAGAACCUGAUGAAGACAGACUCUGGGACCUACUGGUGUGGAGUGGAGAGAUCUAUAAAGGACACAUACCAAGAGGUGAAUCUCACAGUUACAGAUGCUCCUCCCACUCCUAAACCGUCAACUGUCACCUCCAGACCACAUGUCUCUACAACCCUCCCAUGUUUCUCCACAACAUCCUCUAACCUCUCCUCAACAUUCCUGCCAUUUGGAGACAUCAGUGUUGGUCCUUCACAGAGAGCAGGUGUGAUGUACCUGUCCCUUCCAUCAUUCUAUCACCUUCAGACAACUAUAAUAUGCUGCUAUAUACUGUAA